AUGGAGAGAGAGAAAAGAUGUGGAAACGUUCCGCAAGAGAUUUGUGACAAGAUUUUGAUGAAGCUUCCGGUGAAAUCUCUUGUGAGAUUCAAAGCCGUAUCGAGAGGAUGGAGAGGAACGAUAGAAUCAAAGUAUUUCAUAGAGAAACACAUUCGGUAUCAGAAAUCUCUACAAGGACGGCAAGUGAGAAUCGUCGUAUUAUCAGAAGAAAAAAGAUACAAUGGUCUCGCUCUAGAAAAUAUGUUGGUUUCUGCCUAUGGAAUCGUACCUGUUUCUCCAUAUCUACCCAUUAGGGCUUUUAACCGGUUUGAUGGUUACAAAAUCUCUGAGCCUUGCGACGGUUUGUUUUGUAUCUAUACCUUUAGUCGUAAAGUUAACCUUGUCAAUCCUGCCACCACUAGUCGCCGCAGAGUCCCUGAUCCCAUCUCUCCUAUCUCUUACGUUUGUUUUUUGUAACAGUUGGGUACACGCAUAUGUUUUUUGCUAGGGAUCGGAAGAGAAAAUAGUGUGAGUCCAAGGUAUAAGCUAGUGUGGUUUUUCGAGUGUGAUAACGAAUGGGUGAAUAAAUCUACUAGGUGCAUGGUUUUUGCUCUUGACUCUAACACUUGGAGAUACGUAGAUCCGCCUCCUUGUCGAGUUCAAUAUGACCAUCCUCUAAUACACUUGGAUGGAGUUAUGUAUUGCUUCACUCACUACAUGGAAAAGCAUAGUCACUUUGAAAAGGAUCUCAAGCUACUAGCUUUUGAUAUUCACACAGAGACGUUUCAGAGCUUUUUACUUACUCCCGAUAUCAGGUGUAGCUCCUGCCGUGAAUUACGAAUGUGUGUUCUUAACCAUCGUAUAUGCAUCUUCAAGAGAUCUGUUGAUGACAACGACCUAUUUUUCAAGAUCUGGGGUCUAGACAUAAAUGAGAGAUCAUGGGAAACGAUGUAUUCCAUAGAUUUGUCUUGUUUUCCUCCAGAAUUCAAAGACUGGGGUAUCGUCUCGAUGGCAACGAUCAACAAUUAUAUCAUCAUUUCAAAUGGUCGUCGUACCAUAUGGGUCCUCUACAGUUCCAAAAACUGUAUUUUGUAUCGCACAUCUUUUUCUUUUAACUGCGUUAUGUCUUAUUUUGAGACUCUAGUCUCUGCUUACCAAUAA